AUGGCCAGAACCAAGGCGUCGGUGGGUGCAAAAAUAUCUUCGGGUAAAAGUAGCAAAGCUAGAUGUAGUGCUGCUCCUCCGCCCAGCUCCACGUCUUCCACAGGCAGUGGUGAUAAGUCCAGAAGUUCGUCGGGCGGUAACCCAGUGUGUCCAAGAGAAACUCCCAAAUGGCAAAAACCUAUCACAAAUUUCUUUAUAAACAAACCUGUACCUGAAUGUGUUGAAGAAAAUAUUCAAACUGCGGGCAGUUCAAAAUCAAAACCCAAAAGAAAUAUAAUACAUUCCGACGAUGAAGAAGUUAAUAACAACGAUGAAAAACCCAAGAAUAGAGAAUUAGACGAUACUAUAGAAUUAGAACCAUUGACCGGUGAAAAUAGUCAUAAGAUUGUAGAAUAUUAUACAAAAGAUAAAGGAAAAGAUAAAUUAAAAGAUAAAGAAAAUGUAGACAAAAAUAAAAGAUCUCUUGAAGAAAGUGACGAACGGCCGAUGAAAAGGAUGAGGCUCGACCAAUGA